AUGAGUACUGAAGAAGAUACCAACAACAACAACUCAGUGGUGGAGACCCCAGCAGAAGUCACUGAAACUAAUGAGACCGUAACAUCAGAACAUACUGAAGCUACCACUGGGACUGAGGGUGAGAGUGCUACCACUGAACCUACUACUACUGAGCCACCUACUGAAGAAAUAAAGACCAUUAAUUAUGAAGAUGAAGCACACAAAUUGGAAGACAAAGCGUUCAGAUUCCUAGCUAAACAAACUCAUCCGAUAGUAUUACCAUCAUUUGCAUCGUGGUUUGAUAUCUCAUCCAUUCACGAAAUUGAAAAGAGAUCUCUACCUGAUUUCUUCGAUGAUUCAUCUCGUUAUAAAUCUGCAAAAUCAUAUAGAGAAACAAGAAAUUUUAUGAUUAAUACUUAUAGAUUAUCUCCAUUUGAAUAUUUGACAAUUACUGCUGUAAGAAGAAACCUAGCAAUGGAUGUGGCUUCUAUCAUGAAGAUUCAUGGGUUUUUAGAGAAAUGGGGGAUAAUCAAUUAUCAAAUUGAUCCAAGAUCAAAACCAGCUUUAGUAGGACCAAGUUUUACAGGCCACUUCCAAGUUAUACUAGAUACACCACAAGGUUUGAAACCAUUUGUUCCAACGGAUGCUAUCACUGAGGCUUUACCUGUAAAGAGAGAUUCUAAUGAAAUGGAUGUAGAUGACGAUGAAUCUAACACGGAAACUAAAGGACCUAAACCAUUCCCUGUUAAUUUAUCAUUAAGAACUAAUAUUUACGAUUCAUCAAAUGAUUUCAAUGCUUUACACUCCAAAAACAAGGUUUCAAAACAAAUUCAAAAGACUUUUGUAUGCCAUACAUGUGGUAACGACGCAGUAUUGGUUCGCUAUCACAAUUUACGUGCCAAAGGUGCAAACCUAUGUUCAAGAUGUUUCCAAGAAGGUCAUUUUGGUGCCAAUUUCCAAGCAUCCGAUUUUAUUAGAUUAGAGAACAAUAAGAAGAAACCAGGCAAAGAAUGGUCUGAUCAAGAACUAUUGUUAUUGUUGGAAGGUAUAGAAAUUUAUGAGGAUCAAUGGGAAAAGAUUGUAGAACACGUUGGAGGACAAAAAUCAAUUGAAGAUGUCGUUGAAAAAUUCUUAACAUUACCAAUCGAGGAUAGCUAUAUCAAUGAUGCUCUGAAUAAAUCUAAAAAGGAAACAGACACUAAAGCAGAAAGUUUAACAAAGGAUCAUAUAUCAACGGUAGAGGCUGUGGAUCUAACUAUCAAAGCAUUAUUGGAGGGUUUACAUAAAGAUACUCUGGAAAAGGAUAUUCCUGAAUCAGCUUCAAAGACUGCAGAGAAAUAUAUUAAAGAAACACAAAGUGUAGUACAAGAAUUGGUCAAAUUAACUCUAAACAAAUUAGAUACUAAAUUUGAUAAAUUGACUAAAUUAGAAGAAACGUUGGAGAAAGAAAAGACUAAACUAAUUACAGAAUCUGAAAAAUUAAUAUCAGAUAGAAUAUCGUUAAGUAAACAAGUUACCGAAAUGAAUGGCGAGUUAACAAAUCUAAAUAUAUCCAAGAAGUUCGUAUUAAUAUCCGAUCAAGUCGAUUCUGGGAUAAAACUUGUCGAAAAUGACAAUGAUUCUGCUGAUAAGAAGACUGAAGAUGACUUAAAGAAAAGAACAGAAGCUGAAAUUGAAGCUAUAUCGAUUAAAGAACCACAAACUUACAAAUCCUGGUCUUUAUGA